GCGGGUGGGAGGGGGCGCAGGGACGCGACAGGGGCGCCCGCCCAGGAGUCCGAGGGAGCGUCUGGUGCCGCGGAGCCCCACGAGGGGAGCGAGUGAGCGAGCCUGGGAUCCAACAGCGAGCGCGGCGCGGGCAGCGGGCGGAGCGGAGGGGAGCCGCCGGGCAGAGCGGGCUGGGAGCCCGGGUCUGCGCGGCUCGGAACCUGGCGGCGGUGGGGGGCGGCGAUGUUCCACUGCAUCCCCCUGUGGCGGUGCAACCGUCAUGUGGAGACCAUCGACAAACGCCACUGCUCGCUCGUCUAUGUCCCCGAGGAGAUCUACCGCUACGCCCGCAGCCUGGAGGAGCUGCUGCUGGACGCCAACCAGCUCCGCGAGCUGCCCGAGCAAUUUUUCCAGCUAGUCAAAUUACGAAAGCUUGGCCUUAGCGAUAAUGAAAUUCAGCGGCUCCCUCCAGAAAUAGCCAACUUCAUGCAGCUGGUGGAACUUGACGUGUCCCGAAACGAUAUUCCUGAAAUUCCCGAAAGCAUCUCCUUCUGUAAAGCACUACAGAUAGCUGACUUCAGUGGGAACCCACUCACUAGGUUGCCAGAAAGCUUUCCUGAAUUACAGAAUUUAACAUGUCUUUCUGUAAAUGACAUCUCACUACAAUCUCUGCCUGAAAAUAUUGGCAAUCUUUACAACCUGGCUUCAUUGGAACUGAGAGAGAAUCUUCUUACCUAUCUUCCUGAUUCUCUAACUCAGCUCCGGAGACUAGAAGAACUUGAUUUAGGAAACAAUGAAAUCUAUAACUUGCCAGAAUCAAUUGGAGCUCUAUUCCAUCUCAAGGAUCUCUGGUUGGAUGGUAACCAGCUGUCAGAAUUGCCUCAGGAAAUAGGAAAUCUGAAAAACCUGCUGUGCUUGGAUGUCUCUGAAAACAGACUGGAAAGACUUCCUGAAGAAAUCAGUGGACUGACUUCAUUAACAGAUUUAGUCAUUUCCCAGAACCUACUAGAAAUUAUUCCUGAUGGCAUUGGAAAACUGAAGAAGCUGUCCAUCCUGAAGGUGGAUCAGAACAGGCUCACCCAGUUACCUGAGGCAGUUGGGGAGUGUGAAAGUCUUACGGAGUUAGUUCUGACAGAAAACCGGCUCCUGACCUUACCUAAGAGCAUUGGAAAACUUAAGAAGUUGAGCAACUUGAACGCAGACAGAAAUAAAUUAGUGUCUUUACCAAAAGAGAUCGGCGGGUGCUGCAGCCUCACUGUGUUCUGCGUGCGCGACAACCGACUAACUCGAAUACCUGCAGAGGUGUCACAGGCAACAGAGCUUCAUGUCCUAGAUGUGGCAGGGAACAGGUUGCUGCAUCUGCCACUGUCCCUGACUACCUUGAAGUUGAAGGCUCUGUGGUUAUCUGACAACCAGUCGCAGCCUCUGCUUACCUUCCAGACAGAUACGGACCACACCACAGGAGAGAAGAUUCUAACCUGCGUCUUACUCCCUCAGCUGCCUUCUGAACCUCCUUGUCUGGAGAACCUGCCUCGUUGUAGUGCACUGGAGAACUUGGUACAUGACGUCUCUGAUGAAGGCUGGAAUGAGCAACCAAUAAACAGAGUCAGCGCCAUCCGAUUUUUGGAAGAUGAAAAAGACGAAGAGGACAAUGAAACGAGAACACUUCUAAGGCGAGCCACUCCACACCCUGGGGAGUUAAGGAACAUGAAAAAGACAGUGGAGAAUUUACGGAAUGAUAUGAAUGCUGCUAAAGGACUGGAUUCCAACAAAAACGAGGUCAAUCAUGCCAUUGACAGAGUGACCACUUCAGUGUAGAGUUCCACCGUCAGGGUUUCCCCCCUGUGGCUUCCCCUGCUGCCUGAGAUGUUCCAGUCUGCUCCCGAGGGGCCUCGCGCUGCCUCUGGUCUCCACAGCACCUGCUUGCUGCCGCAGCUCCUCCCUGCGUCCAGUGUCAGGACGCCAGCUCUUCCAGGAAGUGCCUUACUCACCCCUGCGCACAGUGAUCUCCUGCCGCGUUUUUUUUGUUUUGUUUUGUUUUUUGUUUUUUGUUUUUUUCUUUCUAAGUUUUAGGUGUGUGUAAUGAGUAGAAUACACUACUGUAAACAUCUGACCUUGGUUUUUGUCUUGUGUUGGGGAAGGGAAAGCAGGAUAGGGAAUUUUUUAAUCCUCCUCCCUUCCAUCAAAUGCUGGGACAUUUCGAGCCCAAAUUCUCUUGGACCUACUGAUGAAAAGUAGUUUUACAAAUGGAGGAAAUUGAUUCUUUUUAAAUCUUUUUUGGCAGCUCAGAUGGUGUAAAUUUUAAAAUUUUGUAUAGGUAUUUCAUAACAAAAAUAUGUAUUUCUUUUGUUUUUGUUAUUUUAUCUUGAAAAUGGUACAUGAUUUAGUGUUUGUGCUGAAAAACAGACCAGCCCUAAAGUGUUUGUUUUCAUGUGUCCCAUCUACUGUGCCUUACUGUAUUGUGUAUCAUGUUAAACCAGCUGUAAACAGUGGCGUCCUUGAGCAAUGAGAUGGAACUGGGUAUGUGGUACUUUUAAAGCAGUGUUGCAUUUUAAUAAGCAAUCUACCUAGUGCAUUUGUUUUUAGCCAAAAAGAUGAAUUAUCAUCGAUUUGUAAAUUAUAUCAGUUUUUUUUUUUUCAAAAAGAGGAACCAAAGGAUUGACUGGACUGAUACUAUUUCAUUUAUUAACGCUUUACACAAGUAAGUCUCUUACAAUGAGUGCAGUAUCAGUCUGUCUGCUUGGAAGAUGUGCCCCAUUUGUAUAAGAAAAUAGAGAAGAAAAGCACAAAAAGAGAAAACUGGCUUAGAAAUUCAGUGGGUAAAUAAAUUAUGUACUGCAAAAGAAAGUAUGAUUAUUUUUUAUCAAAGAAAGCUUUAUAAGUUUUAUAUCCGGAAAUAAGACCAUAAUAAAACAAAAUAAUCUACUACCAUUAUGGAAAUGUUGCUAUCUUUGUAAGUGCAAUUUAAUGUGUAAAUAGAGUUUGAAUGAAAGUAUAACAAAAUCGCUAAUUUAAGGGGUCUGGGAACAUGUUUUGGUGUGUUUCUGUUGAUUCCUUUUUUGUAUACUGUGAUAAAAGAAAUUGCCAGUCCCCUGCAGUGACUGGGAAAAUGAUGUCGGUUUUUAAUUUUUC